CGGCACGUGACGAAGCAUCCUACGGCCCGACAGGGAGGAGGGGAGCCGCUCCGUUCUCUUCUGCUACAACGGCGCCCCAGGUUGAUUCCUGAGGUGCGUUUUAUCUGAUGGUUAUUAUUUGGAGAUGUCAAAGGUUUGCGCCAUUUUUGGAGGAUCUCGAGGGAUUGGACAGGCUACUGCACAGCUACUAGCACAGAAAGGUUAUUGUCUAGCUGUUGUUGCAAGAAAUCUGGAUACUGCUCAAGCCACUGCAAAAAAUCUCGGAGCAGGUCAUCUAGCAUUUAGUUGUGAUGUUUCCAAAGAAGAAGACGUCAAAGAUACAUUUAGCCAAAUAGAGAAGAGUUUAGGUUAUGUAAACUAUUUGGUUAAUGCUGCGGGCAUCAACAGGGAUGGCUUGCUGUUGCGAACCAAGGUUGAUGAAAUGGUAUCCCAGCUUCACACCAAUCUUUUGGGAACAAUGUUGACCUGCAAAGUUGCUGUGAAGAAUAUGAUCCAACAGCAGGGUGGUGCUAUUGUUAACGUAGGAAGUAUAGUUGGACUGAAGGGCAAUUCUGGCCAGUCUGUAUACAGUGCCAGCAAAGCUGGAUUAGCUGGAUUUUCACGCUCUCUUGCUAAAGAAGUAGCCAGAAAAAACAUUCGAGUCAACAUGAUUGCUCCUGGUUUCAUUCAUACGGAUAUGACAGCUCAUUUGAAAGAAGAUCAGUUGAGGAAAACCAUUCCUCUUGGAAGAUUUGGGGAGCCUCAAGAAAUUGCCAAAGCAAUUGUAUUUCUUCUGGAGUCUCCUUACAUAACAGGACAUGUUCUGGUUGUAGAUGGAGGUUUGCAACUUAUGAUUUAAAAUUUGUAACAGCAAAUUGUUUUGAAUUGGGCAAAACAAUUCAGCCACCAGGCUAAGUAGAGGAUUAUACAAAAGAGUACAAAAUAUUGGUAAUCUGGAAAACUUUAAAUACGUGCUUAUAUUGCUGUCCGUAUGUAGCCAAGCAAAUUCUGGGUGUAUGACACCAAAUGAAAAACAUAUGACUCCUGUAUUCUAUGUGUGUGAGAGUAAUAGGGAGACACUGAGGAUUAUAUUUUGGAGAGUUAGUAAAUUAAACAGUCUAUUUUCCAUUUCUUUUGCAUAAAUGUUUGACAUUUUAUUCACAAUUAUGUCAUAGGAAAGUCCAGGUGCUCCAUUCAGAAAGGCAAAUUAAACUGAGAGUAAAGUAUUUACAGAACAAUCCUGAGGACUGCCAGCACCACAGCAGUUGGCCGUGGUGCCACUAGUCUGUUCCUUAUGGGAUAAAGUUACAUGGUCACUGACAGAAAAAUUGCAGGUUUGGUAGGCUAUCUUUAGGUGCAGUCACAUCAGCAUUCCCUGCAACUGGACUGUGGUAGUCCAUGGUAACAUUGUGGGGAGGCAUCAGGGCUUAGAUGGACUGGGCAGCCAGAACCAAUCAGGGAUCAUGAGACUUAGGGGCCAAGCCAAAUGCCCAGGGGUGGAGAGGGGCAUGUCUAGAGAAGCUAUCUGGUGCACAGUGGCACCCCCUCAAGUCCUGGGCACCUACCAAUAUUGGCAUGGGCUCCAACAUACCCCCCCCCUCCUUGAGCAUCCUAAGCCGGCCCCCUGCAAAUUAAGUGCGAGUGGCUAUGGAAACACAUCUGGCACAGGAGGUGCUUUGCCACCCAAGGCGUCUUUCAGGGCCCUGUACCCUUGGGGAUGGAUGAACCGCCACCUCUGGAAGAAUGGUAACUCCCAGUCCAUGGAGAUCAGAAGCACCUCCACCCCUCUUUACCUUACUUGGCCUUGAGCUGCAUUCUGGACCUUCUGUGAGGGUCUUCAUUCACAAAAAGGGCCCCUGUCAACAUCCCUCACCUUUUGCAUCCAUGCAGCCUGGCUGCAGCCACCUGGCAGAGGUCAUGGGGGGGGUGGGGGGAGGAAGCAUAAGACAUGGCACUGACCACUUCAGCUACAAGCCCCUGCUCAGGUACAUGGCAUCCUGAACCAGGCAGGUCAGAUGAACAAAAGGGAUGGCAGUUCGGACCUCUGGAGGCAGAGAUGAGCCCCUUGUCUGUGGGGGGUGGUGGUGGUGGUUGGAUGUUGGGCUCCUGCCAGCCCCACUGGCUGCCAGAAUUUGGUGUGGAAUACACCCUUGCCAGAGCAGAUCCUGGUCAUGAGGUUUGGAUAAAAGUUCCUUUUGGGCCCUGGCUGAGGAGAUGGAGUAUCUGUUAGGAUUCAGAACUGGGAGCGGUUAGCCCAGAGUGUGGACUUUGCUGUCCCAGCUGUGAUCUCUCUGUGCUUUUCCCAGGUACCUCACUGCUCACUCUAUCCACAUGGCUGGGAGCUGUCAGACAGCUUCCUGUGCCACGUGCCGUUUCUAUUGAGGUGCUGAGCAUCUUGGCCAGAGUUUUUGUAGGGUGCAGGGAGGGGGUGUAUUUGGGUGCUGGGGCAGGGGCUUGGCUAACACAGAGAAAGGAGAUGAUUGGUCGUGCCUUUAGUUGGCAUCUCAGCUGCUUGAGGCCUCAUGGUUAUGGCCACAGUGGUGAGAGCAUUUUAUUUUUCACAUGAAUGUGAAUAUAUAUAUAGAAUGAACCUGAAUGUGACACUUCCUGGCUUCCUUUAAUUUAGGAGUAAGUAUUCACCUUCAUCAAAGACUUCAGAAUGGCUCUCUGCUUGAUUUUUUCCCCUCUUUUUAAAUAAAAUGUUCAUGUUGUUGGAAACUA